AUGUCUUCCCUCUCAUUCCCUGUUGCUACUUCCAGUUCCAUGCAAGUAAACCCCAUCCCAUCUUCCGUCAUUUUCCUCCCACUAUUAUCUCUAAUCAAUACCCACAUUUACACCACCACCUCAAGAAACCCUAGAAAAAGAACCCACGCUCUCCUCCUGUGUGCAAGCAGAAAAGAUAUUUGGACGAGAAACACAACAACAGUAGGACCUUACCGUAGAAAACAAAGAGAAGAACCGGUUUUUUUAGACCACAGUGUAGACAUGACCGAACUAUUAACCGCAAUUAGCCAAACCCAAAACGAGCAACAAUUAUUCGCUUUGUUAUCACCUUACAAAGACAGGCAACUAUCAAUUCGUUUCAUGGUUUCAAUUCUCUCUCGCGAAUCUGACUGGCAAAGAUCUCUUGCCCUUCUUGAUUGGAUUAAUGACGUUGCACAGUAUUCUCCUUCUGUGUUUGCAUACAAUGUUGUUUUGCGUAAUGUAUUAAGGGCUAAGCAAUGGGACCAUGCACAUGGCCUGUUUGACGAAAUGCGCAACCGAGCUCUUGCACCUGAUAGAUAUACGUAUUCGACUUUGAUAACCCAUUUUGGGAAGUCCGGUAUGUUUGAUUCUUCCCUUUUUUGGCUUCAACAAAUGGAACAAGACCGCGUUUCAGGUGAUCUUGUUUUGUAUAGUAAUUUGAUUGAGCUUUCCAGGAAGUUGUGUGAUUAUUCUAAGGCUAUUUCGAUAUUUAUGAGGCUGAAAAAGAGUGGGAUUACGCCGGAUUUAGUUGCAUAUAAUUCGAUGAUUAAUGUAUUUGGGAAAGCUAAGUUGUUUAGAGAGGCAAAGUUGUUGAUGAAAGAGAUGAGGGAUGUUGGGGUUAUGCCUGAUACGGUUAGUUAUUCGACGCUGUUGAGUGUUUAUGUUGAGAAUGAGAAGUUCGUUGAGGCCUUAUCUGUUUUCUCAGAGAUGAAUGAGGCUAAGUGCCCACUUGAUCUCACUACUUGUAAUGUUAUGAUUGAUGUUUAUGGGCAGCUUGGUAUGGCUAAGGAAGCGGAUAGGUUGUUUUGGAGCAUGAGGAAGAUGGGAAUUGAACCAAAUGUUGUUAGUUAUAACACCCUCUUGAGGGUUUAUGGAGAGGCCGAGCUUUUUGGUGAAGCUAUUCAUUUGUUUAGGUUGAUGCAGAAGAAGGAUAUUGAGCAGACUGUUGUCACUUAUAAUACAAUGAUUAAGAUUUAUGGGAAAUCACUUGAGCAUGAAAAGGCCACAAAUCUUUUGCAGGAAAUGCAGGGUAGAGGAAUUGAACCAAAUGCGAUUACAUACUCAACGAUCAUUUCUAUUUGGGGUAAGGCAGGGAAAUUGGAUAGGGCAGCAAUGUUGUUUCAAAAGUUGAGAAGUUCUGGGGUUGAGAUCGAUCAAGUCCUUUAUCAGACGAUGAUUGUGGCUUAUGAACGCGCAGGUUUGGUUGCUCAUUCUAAGCGUCUGCUUCACGAACUCAAACGCCCAGACAAUAUCCCUAGGGAGACUGCUAUUAAAAUUCUUGCUAGAGCUGGUAGGAUAGAAGAGGCCACAUGGGUUUUCCGUCAGGCUUUUGAUAGUGGGGAGGUGAAGGAUAUAUCUGUCUUUGCAUGCAUGGUUGAUCUUUUCUCAAGGAACAGAAAGCAUGCAAAUGUGAUAGAGGUAUUUGAGAAGAUGAGGGGAGCUGGAUAUUUUCCUGAUUCUAAUGUGAUUGCUCUUGUUCUGAAUGCUUAUGGGAAGCUGCGGGAAUUUGAGAAGGCGGACGCAUUGUAUAGAGAAAUGCGGGAAGAAGGGUGUGUUUUUCCAGAUGAAGUUCAUUUCCAAAUGCUGAGUUUAUAUGGUGCAAGAAAAGACUUUAUGACGAUUCAGUCCUUGUUUGAGAGGCUGGAUUCUGAUCCUAACAUUAACAAGAAAGAGUUGCAUCUUGUUGUUGCCAGCAUUUAUGAAAGAACAAAUAGAUUAAAUGAUGCAUCACGGAUCAUGAACAGGAUGAGUAGAGUAAUUUUGAGAUCACCAUAG